AUGGCACCUUUGGUAACCUGUGCCUACAGUAUCUCCACCGUUGUGGGAACAGGAGCUCAAGGCUCUGGGGGAGACUCUGGAAGUGCUUUAUCUUCCCAACUUUAUUGGCCAAAAAGUGUGUUCGAAUAUAAUGGUGAAAUUUAUAUUGCAGAUACUUACAAUAACAAGAUUAGAAAAGUUUCGCAAUCAGGAAUCAUUUCAACCAUUGCAGGAACUGUUACUCAAGGAUAUUCAGGAGAUAACGGACUCGCAAUUAAUGCACAACUUUCUCUCCCGUCGUAUACCAAUUCAGAAUCAAAUCGUGACAUGUAUUACGUGGACUCUGAUAACAAUGUCUUGAAAAAGGUUUCAAACGGAGUAGUGUCAACUGUUGCAGGUACUGGCACUCGAGGAUUCGGUGGUGACGGAUAUCCUGCCACAUCUGCCUUGUUGGACAGACCCUCUGGUGCAUAUAUUUCCUCCUCCUCCAAUGAAAUCUAUAUCUCUGAAUGUUACAAUAACAGAAUAAGAAAAGUGUCAUCGUCAGGUUUGAUGUCCUCUCUGGCUGGAACCACUCAAGGUUAUUGCGGAGAUGGUAAUUUGGCAAGUAAUGCACAACUUAAUCAUCCUACCAGAUUACUGGUCAUCUCGAACUGUGAUCUCUUUUUUACUGACACUAAUAAUCAUGUGAUUAGAAAAUUUUCAGGUGGUGUCAUAACAACCGUUGCAGGAAUUGGUGGAUCGAAUUGA